CUAAAUAUCGCAGCUGAGCAUUCACAUCACUGCAUCAUCAUUAUUUACAGAAAAACUAAAUGUUGACCUGGACCUAAAGUUAAAGAACGAACUGAGCAGAAAAUUAUUUAAUAUGUCAAAGACAUUCGUGUAACACAGAUUUCCAGCAGCGAGCUGAACCCAGCUGUGUGUCCUUAAGAAACAGCCAUUCAAAGCAGUAUGAUAUUACAUUUAAAGAAGAAGCUUCUGCUAUGGAGAGUAUCCAUCAGAAGCCUGACCCCAGCCCUGUGUCAUUACAGAGCAGCCAUUCAAAGCAGUAUGAUAUUACAUUUAAAGAAGAAGCUUCUGUUGUGGAGAGAGUGGAUCAGGAGACCUCAGAGGUCCCCAGUGGUCGGUCUGACCAGCAGCAUCAAACACACCUGGACUCCAUAUUUGUGCUGCUGGAGGACAGCAUUGUCACUUUUGUGAAGAAUGAACUGAAGACGAUCCAGAAGGUUCUGACUCCAGAUUACCCAGAAUUCUUAGAGAGUCAGAGGGAGGAUGAGAAGAUGUUAGAGAGUGAGGAUGAAGAGCAGAGGAGGAGCAGCCGAGAAGCAUUGGUGAAGAUCACACUGCUCUUUCUUAGGAGAAUGAAGCAGGAGGAGCUCGCUGACCGUCUGCAGAGCAAAAUGUCUUUUAGGAACUUCCAAUCGAGUCAAAGUGAGCUUAAAUCAAAACUGAAGAAGAAGUUCCAGUGUGUGUUUGAGGGGAUCGCUAAAGCAGGAAAUCCAACCCUGCUGAAUCAGAUCUACACCGAGCUCUACAUCACAGAGGGAGGGACCACAGAGGUCAAUGAUGAACACGAGGUCAGACAGAUUGAAACAGUAUCCAAGAAAUCAGAUAGUUCAGAAACAACAAUCAGACAAGAAGACAUCUUUAAAGGCUCACCUGAAAGACAUGAACCAAUCAGAACCAUGCUGACAAAGGGAGUGGCUGGGAUUGGGAAAACAGUCUUAACACAGAAGUUCACGCUGGACUGGGCUGAAGACAAAGCGAACCAGGACAUCCAGUUCAUGUUUCCAUUCACUUUCAGAGAGCUGAAUGUGCUGAAAGAGAAAAAGUUCAGCUUGGUAGACCUUAUUCAAAACUUCUUUCCUGAAACCAAAGGAUCAGGAAUCUGCAGCUUUGAAGACUUCCAGGUUGUGUUCAUCUUAGAUGGUCUGGAUGAGUGUCGACUUCCUCUAGACUUCCAAAACAUUGAGACGCUGACUGAUGUUACAGAGUCCACCUCAAUGGAUGUGCUUCUGACCAACCUCAUCAGACGGAAUCUAUUUCCCUCUGCUCGCCUAUGGGUAACCACACGCCCUGCAGCAGCCAGUCAGAUCCCUCCUCAAUAUGUUGACAUGGUGACAGAGGUUAGAGGGUUCACUGACCCGCAGAAAGAGGAGUACUUUAGGAAGAGAUUCAGAGAUAAGAAGCAGGCCUGUAGAAUCAUCUCCCACAUCAAGAGAACACGAAGCAUCCACAUCAUGUGCCACAUCCCAGUCUUCUGCUGGAUCACUGCUACAGUUCUGGAGGAUGUGCUGAAAACCAGAGAGGGAGGACAGCUGCCCAAGACCCUGACUGAGAUGUACAUCCACUUCCUGGUGGUUCAGGCCAAAGUAAAAAAGGUCAAGUAUGAUGGAGGAGCUGAAACAGAUCCACACUGGAGUCCAGAGAGCAGGAAGAUGAUGGAGUCUCUGGGAAAAUUGGCUUUUGAACAGCUGCAGAAAGGAAACCUGAUCUUUUAUGAAUCAGAUCUGACAGACUGUGGCAUCGAUAUCAGAGCAGCAUCAGUGUGUUCGGGAGUGUUCACACAAAUCUUUAAAGAGGAGAGAGGACUGUACCAGGACAAGGUUUUCUGCUUCAUCCAUUUGAGCCUCCAGGAAUUUCUGGCUGGUCUUCAUGUCCAUCUGACUUUUAUCAACUCUGGAAUUAAUCUUCUGGAAGAGGAAAAGAUAGCAUCCCAGAAGUCUAAAACAAAAGAUCUCACUCCCUUCUACCAUAAUGCUGUGAACAAAGCUUUACAGAGUACAAACGGACACCUGGACCUGUUUCUCCGCUUCCUCCUGGGACUUUCACUACAAACCAAUCAGAGUCUCCUACAAGGCCUUCUUACACAGACAGAAAGUAGCUCACAGACCAGUCAGCAAACAGUCAAGUACAUCAAGGAGAAGAUCAAUGAGAAUCUGUCUGCAGAGAAAAGCAUCAAUCUGUUCCACUGUCUGAAUGAAUUGAAUGAUCGUUCUCUAGUAGAUGAGAUCCAACAAUCCCUGAGUUCAGGAAGACUGUCUACAGAGAAACUGUCUCCUGCUCAGUGGUCAGCUCUGGUCUUCAUCUUACUGUCAUCAGAGGAAGAUCUGGAUGUGUUUGACCUGAAGAAAUACUCUGCUUCAGAGGAGGCUCUGCUGAGGCUGCUGCCAGUGAUCAAAGCCUCCAACAAAGCUCUACUGAGUGGUUGUAACCUCUCAGAGAGAAGCUGUGAAGCUCUGACUUCAGUUCUCAGCUGCCGGUCCUUUAGUCUGACAGAGCUGGACAUGAGUAAUAACGACCUGCAGGAUUCGGGAGUGAAACUUCUCUCUGUUGGACUGGAGAGUUUGCAUUGUACACUGGAAACUCUGAGUCUGUCAGGCUGUCUGAUCACAGAGCGAGGAUGUAUUCCUCUGGCUUCAGCUCUAAGCGCCAACCCCUCCCAUCUGAAAGAGCUGGAUCUGAGCUAUAAUCAUCCAGGAGACUCAGGAAUGAAGCUGUUGUUAAGUGGACUGAAGGAUCCAUGCUGGAAGCUAGAAACUCUAAGGGUGGAGCCGGCUGGAGUCCGAUGGUUGCGACCAGACGGUCUGAGGAAGUAUUCCUGUCAACUCACAAUCGACACAAACACAAUAAACAAAUACCUCAAACUGUCCGACAACAACAGGAAGGUGACACAGGUGAAGGAGGUUCAGUCAUAUCCUGAUCAUCCAGACAGAUUUGAUUACUGGUAUCAGCUGCUGUGUACAGAUGGUCUGACUGGUCGCUGUUACUGGGAGGUCGAGUGGAGUGGAGGGAUUGAUAUAUCAGUGAGUUACAGAGGAAUUGAAAGGAAAGGCGACAGUAAAGACUGCGUGUUUGGAAGGAACGAUCAGUCCUGGAGACUGGAAUGCUACAGUGAUGGUCGCCCUCGUUCUGUGUGGCACAAUAACAGAAGCAUGUCUUCCUCCUACUCCUCCUCCACCUCUUCUGCCUCUAACAGAGUAGCCGUGUACGUGGACUGUCCUGCUGGUGUUCUGUCCUUCUACAGAGUCUCCUCUGACACUCUGAUUCACCUCCACACCUUUAACACCACAUUCACUGAACCUAUUUAUCCUGGAUUUGGUUUCAAUCCUAAUGCAUCAGUGUCUCUGUGUCCUGUUUAGUAUGAAGAAGCUCCCCCUGUCAGUGAAACACCAACUGAUUUCUGUCUCAUUCACUCAGAAACGAGUUCUCAGAUUCUUCGACUGUUCUAAAUAAUUUCUUUUAAACAUGUUCCUUUAAACGAAGACUCUUUGUUGUUUUCUGUCAUUUUCUAGUGAAAAACUUCAGUAAAUAUCAGUAUGUUGUGUUUUCAUGAAUUAGUUUAUGUCAUCUGCAGAUGAGACAAACUGUGAUACUGGAGAGGAACCACUGAGCUACAGGGAUAUGUUUACAACUGUCCAGUGACCACAAGCGAGCCUGUAGUCAGGUUUUGGCCUCAUUUCAUCCAUAUUUACUGACUGUUAAAAGUGAUGAAAUAACAACAAGAUUAUAACUUGUCUGUGGUAACAUUUGAGGAAUUAAAUUAUAUAAUUAUAUAAGCUACAUUUAAUUAGCUGUCUAGAUAGCACAGUCUUUGAUUGAUUGAUUUAGUUUUAGUUUUGUUUUAUUUAGUAGUACAAAUUUUACAAAAAAUAAUAUAAUUAAGGGGGAAAAUUUGGGGAGUUAUGAAGUCUGACAAAAGAAAUUAUUUUUAAAAAGUAAAAGAAAAAAAUCAAAAACAUUAGUAGAUUUAACUUGAUCCUUUUUUAACUCUGGUGCAGCAGCAGCAUAAUGGCCGAGAUCAAAUGCAUUUUUCUGAUUUUUCUGUGGAGUCUUGUGUUACGAACAAACAGUGCUCAUGAAAAAAUAGUAUGAAGAAGAUAGAUUUAGAGAUAUGUGUAAUUUAGUUUGUCAUGAACUGUUUGGUCUGUCAGUAUAACUGGAAAAAACUGCAGAUUUACUUCACCUCAGUAAUUCAAUUAACUGAAAUUAACUGAAUCUGCAGCAUCAUCUCACUGUUUAAAAAGGAUCAUGUGACCGAGUCUUUCUUACAGAAAAUAGUAGUCAGCACAAGAAAAACAAGAGAUGUUGAUUAUUUGUAAUGUGUAUUAAAUAAAAUAAAAUAAUGUCUUUGUCACAGUUAAGUUUAA